UAUGGUGGUACCUAUAUAUGAUGUCGACUGUACACAGGCAACUGUCUAUUUAGGUAUAUGUUUUCUACCUAUCUAGUAGGUAGAAAACAUAUAUUUAUCUUAUAGAUAAAGAUAAGAGCCAGACAAAGGAUAGACUGCCGUUAGGUGGUCUUUAAUGCCACUCAUUUUUAGGGUUCAGUAGUCAACUAUAACAGCUUAACCCGUUUUUUUUUCAGAUUAUUUUUUUUAUAAGGAACCUCAAUUGUACCGCGAUAUUAAAUAUGAUUUUGAGAGAUAAAGUUAAUUACCACUACUUUUGACGUUAGAAAAAUUAUAAUCUUAAAAAAACGGAGUUAUGGUUUCGCCAUGUCCGUCUGUCUGUCCAUCCGUGGCUUUGCUCCGUGAUACAUAAAUCACGCAUGACGACAGAACGGUAAAAUAAUAAUUAGGUUACAUCCCAUACAAUAUACAUAUAUAUAUUUUUGCCUUAACCCAAUUUUGUGGGGUAUUGUUGGACAGGUCUUUCAAAACGAAUAAGAGUCUCUAAAAAUCAUUUUUAGAUAAAGUGAAUGUAUUCGGAAAUAUGUCCCCCCCCCCCUCUAACUUUUGAACCAUGGGUCCAAAAAAUACGAAAAAAAUCGUAAAACAAACGCUUAAUAAAUACUUUAAUGAAAACAAUAGCGAAUAUGAUCGAUCUUGCCGUUCUUGUGUUAUUGCAAAAAGUCUUUUCUUCUUAGCAAAUAUACGUACAAAGCGCUGCCAAGGUACUCCCUUAUGUUUCUUAUGUAGAUGCUUAAUUUAAUACUUACUAAUAGCCCGCUACCCUAUUCUGACAGAAUACUACGGAACCCUACACUGAGCAUGGCCCGACAUGCUCUUGGCCGAUUCUUUGAUAUAUGCCUCUUUAGUUUUGUAAUUAAAUAACUAAACGACUGUAUAAACUGAACUGGUAUUUUUUAAUGAUGCGGUUUUAUGAAUGUAUGUACAUAUAAAUACUACACAAUAAUUUCAUUUAAAAAAAUGAUAUUUCAUGCAACAAGUUUAAGUUAAAUUCGAAUGUGGCUCUGUCUGUACAUCGUCUUUCUACUUAAAUGUGGCCAAGAGAAACCCCAACCACAAAUUUCUCAUAGCUGAUAAUGCAAACUAAGUAUUUGAUGAAUAUGCGACUCGAUGGAUGCGAUAGCGUUAACAUGAAUGGAUGGAUGGAUGGUCGGGCUGAAUAAUAUAUUAAGUAAGACGUUGAAGGAAAUGAACCUUGACCGGAAACAGCUACUGAAGCAUCUUUAUGGCUGUGUAAGCUGUGUUACAUUCGUAUAACUUACACUUCAACAAGCCUACUUUUGACAUAGGUAUUAUAACUUUUAUAAGUCACGCACGCCUUAACCGAGUAACCUAGAUGGAACGUUUAUACAUUGAUUAGUGUUAAUUGCGAUUUCAUACAUUUGCUAUUAAACGCAAAUAGCGAAUAUAAAGCGAGGUUUAGAAAAGCAAGAAUUUGCAUGCAAUUUUCAUUACAUUGCGGUAUCUGAUCAAACUUUUGAGUACAGUUUACCUUAGUAGCCGGCAAUGUAACGUAAAUUCCAUGCAAGUUCUUGCUAGUCUAAGCCAUGCUUAAGAACUUGCACCAUACACCAGUCAAUAUGAAAACAGGCCCUUAUGCAACUUUCAACCAUUUACAACCUACAGUUUGGCAUUAGACCUUUUAAAACAAAUUUCAAAUUUUUAAAUCAAAUUUUACAGUCAACGUCAACACAGAAAUGUCAUAUAAUAUAAAUUUGUAAAUCAAAUAUUUUGAUCACGAUUUACAUACAAUAACCCAACACUAACACCUUAAGUGAAAUAUCAAACUUGUAAUCAUGAAGAUACCCUACGUAAUCUCGACAAACACUCGCGAGGCGUACAAGACGUCCGAAACCAUGAAGAAUUCCUUAGGCGAGGCUACUCGCAAAGUAAUGGCCGAAGACUUUGAGUGGGAUGACGGCUUGACUCCUCCUCCUUUGACGUAUUUUGCUGCACUUCACCUUUCCAGGAUAUUCCAUAGAAUAAAUCCGCUGCACAAAGUCCUGCAGAAAGAUGUUAACAUGCUCAUGGAUUUGUUUCCCGCAAAUAUUCCUCUCCGAUGCAGUGUACCUCUUAUUAGGGAUGAACAAUACUGGAAAAGGUCUUUUUAUUUUAAAUUUCCUUCGCGAGUGGAAUUAGGCGUGACGUUUUGGAAAGGAAAGUUUUUAUCUGCAUGCCUCCAGGAUUACCUUGAAAAUGCAAAUCCGGAUGUAUUCUUAGAAGAUGAAGCCUCGGAACUUGCAACUCUAGUAAGCCCUUACAUAUACUUUUUGGGUUUAAACCAACUUCAAAUAGUGCAUCAGCCGCCACCCCCGAUUCCAAAAGAAUCUGUCGUCGAAGAUACGUGUCCUUUUAGCGUAGAAAAGGUAUAUGACCACAUUCCACUCGCACCAGUGUUGGCCAGGCUCUACAAUCUGGAAGAAAUAUCCCUCGUUUUUGGAAUAAACAAUGUCCAAGAUGGGUAUUUGACGAGAUAUUUUGAAUUCAGCGCAGCUGAUUGUGAAUCCCUAUGUAGAGGGCUGAAAGACUUGCGACACUUGAAAAUUUUUCGUAUCAAUCGUAGCAACUUAGAUUGCUUGAAAGUUAAGAUACUCUUGCAACAUCUCGUUGAAAAGGAGACUAUAGAAGAAUUAGAUUUUAAUCAUUGCAAGAUUGGCGAUUACGGGAUGAAUGCAUUGGGAGGUUUCAUUUCUAUUCACACUAAUGUGAAACGAGUGCGAGUCGCCAAUAAUCGGUUCAAAUCAGUGCAAGGCAUUGCUUAUGCUCUGCAGAUGAAUCCUGCUGCGCCUAUCGAACUAUUGGAUUUCAGUUUGAACCCUAUGUCCAUAGAGUGCGCAACAAUGUUCGCAGCAGCAUUUGUGCGGUGCAAAGUGAAACCUCAGACACUAAUAGUAAAUUCAUGCGGUUUUUACGGAGUAUCUGCUGAAAAGAUGGCGGGUCUCCUUAGUCUCAAUCGCGGAUUAACAAGGUUGGACAUGGCUGCCAACGAUUUGUCUGGGGAGGCGGAAGCGACACUUAUUCGCGCUUUGGAGCAAAACAAAGUCGUGCUGAGGGUCGAUUUGCGUAGAACAAAUAUAUCGGAUGCAACUCAGGCUCGGGUGAACGAGCUCCUCCAACGCAAUAAAAUGUUGUUGGGCGAAGAAAGAGAGCCCAGCGAGGAAAUCCCGCCGUUGUACCUCGGCGAGCCGGAGUACCUCAUCUGGGAGUACAAUCCCAACAACCCGGACUAUAUACCUGGCCGUUAUCCAGAGCGCGUUCCAGAAGUUUGAAUGAUACUAGUUUGGUGUUUUGGUGAUGGUUUGGUGAAGCAUUUUGACUGUCGCUUAUGGCUGAUGUCUGGUGGUGAGAAGUGAGUAACGAUGAGCAGCUUUUCCAUUGCUAGCAUUUUUAGUGGUCACCUGCAGUAGUGUGAAAAAAACAAUAGGAAAAACAAUAACAUUGUUCAUGCAUUACUUUUAUUCGCAUUUUUUCCUGUGCAAGAAAACCAUCGAUCUCAUUCUCUUUUCGCCAACGCCGCAUUUUAGAGCCCCUACACCCGAGAAGAUUUCACUGCAUUAGGGCUUGGUCAAGUUAAAAGCUCAAGCUGUCAAAGCUUCGUUACUAUUUAUAAGAAGGCGUAGCUUUGUCGGUUCCAGCGCUUAAUGUUCGGCCGAACCCUAACUCAAAACACUAAGUUUUGCUUUCCAUUGCUUGACAUCCAGCAGCCGAGUGACGUCAUGUUUUUCAAACAAAUUUCAACUUUAGCUCUAUAUACUCAGAAUGUUGCUACGCUAAUGACACAGGACCUCGAGGGGUUAAGGGUCUUUAUUUAAAUAUAUACUUAUAAACUAGAAUUCAUAAAAAAAUGUAUUUUAAUAGUUAAUAAUUAAAAAACAUAUUAAAAA